UGCAUCACCACAAAAAUCUCAACCAUAUUACUUGCAUCAACUUCACCACUAUUGUUCAUCCACCACCACUACUGUUACCAACUAAAACUAUUCAUUUCCAGAUUAAGUUUUUGUUCUGGGAAUGGCUUCUAAUACAUUAAUGAGCUGCGGCAUCUCCGCCGUUUGCCGGCCGUCGCUUUUCUCGUCUUCUAAGUCGAGAUUCGCAACCGCCGUCCCGCUUUCCGGUGUUGCCACCAAUGCUUCCCGGAUUUCCAUGACCGCUGACUGGAUGCCCGGUCAACCACGACCACCCUACCUAGACGGAUCUGCCCCCGGGGAUUUCGGGUUUGACCCACUCCGUCUUGGUGAGGUCCCAGAGAACCUCGAGAGGUUCAAAGAGUCUGAGCUCAUUCACUGCAGAUGGGCUAUGCUUGCAGUUCCAGGGAUUUUGUUACCAGAAGCCUUAGGGUUGGGCAACUGGGUAAAAGCACAAGAAUGGGCUGCUGUACCCGGAGGACAAGCUACAUACCUCGGGAACCCUGUUCCUUGGGGUACCCUACCCACCAUUUUGGCCAUAGAGUUCGUCUCAAUCGCCUUCGUAGAGCACCAAAGGAGCAUGGAGAAAGACCCUGAAAAGAAGAAGUACCCUGGUGGCGCUUUUGACCCCUUGGGCUACUCAAAGGACCCAAAGAAGUUUGAAGAGUACAAGGUCAAAGAAAUAAAAAAUGGACGCUUAGCGUUGUUGGCAUUUGUGGGAUUUUGCGUGCAACAAUCGGCUUACCCUGGUACCGGACCCUUGGAGAACUUGGCAACUCACUUGGCUGACCCAUGGCACAACAACAUUGGAGAUAUCGUUAUUCCUAAAGGAGUUUUCCCAAACUAAAAUACGCUACCAAUCUCCGAAUUCAUAUGUAAAAUACAUGUAACUUUUCGUCUUGUUAUGAAAUGAACUUAUAUUAGUGUUGAACUGUUUUUGUGAAUUUAAAAGUUCGUUUCGAAUUUCCGUUA